AUGGCCUGGUUAGAUACAGGCCUGGGUCCUCAGAGUGAGCUGCAGAAUCACUCCACCAGUGACCAUGAGGACACUAGAGGAACUGACAGUAAUGAGUUGCCAAGUGAUAAGAAGUUGGAGGAAUUGAAGGCAGGGGAGCCGAGGGACCAGAACUUUAGCAGCAAAGUAAUGCAAAGGGGGCAGGGAUUCUUUGACAGCAAUGGGAACUUCCUUUAUAGAAUUUGA